AGGCGAGGGCGAGACUGGGAGCGGAGCGCUGAGUCCCGACGCGGUCUGGAGACGCUGCCCCCUGUCGGGGAGGAACCGCGGGCGGGGGGAGCUGCUCGUACUCAACCAAUGACCUUCUCCUGUCCCCCUCUCUUUCCUCCUCUCCUCCUCUUUGUCUCUUACGCGGUGGUGUAAGGCGAUUGCAAUUUACACUGGCCUUGGAGGCGUGGGCAUUUCACAAGUAAACAAUGAAAGUGUUGUUACUGAAAGAUCCAAAGGAAAGUGAUGGUGGACCAGAUUUAUAUAUAAAGGAACUGGUUUCACAUGGACUCAAAGCAACUUUGAUCCCAGUUUUAGCAUUUGAAUUUAUUUCUCUUCAAACUUUCUUUGAAAAACUUUUUCAUCCUGAACAAUAUCAUGGACUAAUUUUUACCAGUCCAAGAGCAGUAGAAGCUGUUAGAUUAUGCCUAGUGGAUAAUUGUAAAAAAGAAGCUUGGAAGAAUUAUCUGAGAGAAGAAUGGAAUGCUAAAUCUGUUUAUGUGGUAGGGAAAGCGACUGCUGCACUAGUAACUGAAAUAGGUCUCAAACCACAAGGAGAAGACUGUGGAAAUGCUGAAAAACUAGCGGGAUUCAUCUGCUCCCAUCUUUGCGGCUUCAUGUUAGUGACAUACCUGUGGUGCUUAAUAAAAUGGGAGUCAUCCAAUUCAUUGCCUCUUCUUUUUCCAUGUGGUACUCUAAAAAGGGAAAUGCUUCCAGCAAUGCUCAAGGACAAAGAUAUUGUAUUGGAAUCUGUUACUGUUUAUCAAACCAGUCAACAUCCUGACCUCCAAGAAUCCUUGAAGAAUUACUUCUCACAAGAGGGUGUUCCUGCUAGUGUUACUUUCUUCAGUCCUUCUGGUGUCAAAUACUGUCUCAAGCAGAUUUUGAAAUUGUCAGGUGAUCUCAUUUCCCAGAUCAAGUUUGCUGCUAUAGGUCCAACAACAGCUGAAGCUCUUGCAGCUGAAGGAAUCUUAGUAAGCUGCACAGCCAGUAGCCCCACACCCCAGGAUCUUGCUGCUGGACUUAGAAGAUGUCUCCAGCUGUAAUACAUUUGAAGACUAUGUGAUUGAAAUUGUGUAGUUUGCAGUAAUAUCUCUAAAAUUAAAGAUACCUUCUUUAAUAUGUAAUGUUGGGUUACUGCUAGCGAUCAUUGGAAGUAUACACCUCUGAUCUGUAAGAUGUUUUGAACACUUUUAUAUUGUAUUAACAGCAGUGAUAAAUCCUGCUACACAUUAACUUGGAUUAUAUGACAUGUAUUCUAACUAACGUUUGAUAAGCUAGCUUAGCUUACACAAAAUUCUGAAUCAUAGCUUCAGGUCAUGUUUUUGCAUUUCCUUAGUAGAUGAUAAAAAUAGAUGAUAGCAUACUUGGGUAAAUAUAUCCAUCAGGCUAUAUUUUGGGGAAGCAGAGCACAAAAAAAGGAGUGAGAAAUAGUAAGCCAAUUAAAUUGAAGGCAUUAGAUAAGAAAAAGAGAAGUAAAUAAAGCUAAAUCUAGUUUUCAUCAAUGUCUUCACUAUCUCUCUCCACACCUUUCUAUCUUUGCAAAUUAUCUUUAUUUCCAUCAUGUAUGAAUAGGUCCAUACACACCUAUUCAUGUGUUGCUUUCUAUGUCAUAUUCUUUGCUGCAUGAUACGAUCUAUUUAAAAUUCACUGCAAAUCACUCAGAUUCUCCACCAACAGCCCACAAUUCUCUGCAUAUAAAAAUAAAUGUAUAUUCACAUCCCCAAACAACAACACUCUAUGAUCACCCACAGGCAUUUCUUUUAUAUUUAAUCAUAAAUACAUUAAACAACCAUCCUAUCUUACUCCCUGUUCAGUGUUCAUCCAUUUGCUAGGCAUUCCUUUUACUCCCAUGCAUGCUUUAUUUCCAUCUUAUACCUUUCUUAUCACAUUCAUCAACUAACCUAGAACUCAGUAUUUGUGUGAAGUGUUCCAAAAUUCAAACAUUACUACUUUAUUGUAUGCUUUCUCUAAAUCAAUGCGUUCACAAUAAACUAACAUUCACACAUUUCUCAGUGAUGAUUACACAAUAAAAUUUUAAAA